ACACAACAAAUCGCGGUUGAACAUCGAUCAUUUUGCGGUGCCGCCGAUGGCUUCAUAUGUGCUCGAAUCCAUUUGUUGAACCGGACAGUAUUACGUCGGGAGUGAACCGACCGACCGCAGCCUAGACAGGAAGGAAAGUUCGCCGAGCGGAGUCGUAUGCAAUCAGUUUAAGAGCAGUGCCGGUGGGACGCGGUAUUAUCGUGGUGACAGUUUGAAAACAACGAAAAAAAAACGCCAGGGUUCCGAGGUUCCGAGCUUUCACGCGGUACGUUCCGAGAAUGUUUUUGUGGUCUGAUGACUGCCACUGAUCCGCAGCAGCUGUAACGUUUACACGAGCAGAGUUUAGUCCGUGUGUAGCUUAAAUGGGUUUCUUGAUUGAUCAUCGUCGAAGAGUGCUUGAUCUGCGGUGGCCAGUGUUGUUAGUAGCGUUCCUUCAAGCUGGGCUAGCUUUGGGCGAAGGAAUAAAACUACCGGAUCAAACGAACGAAGCGCUGGCAAAGACAAACGUCGCAAAUCCAGCUCCGGUGGUAGAACCUGUCGAUGGUGAAGGUCGCCGUCAGGGCAAACACCUGCUGGACUUUGUAGGCUUAGGAACGGGUCCUAACGUGGAUCCCUAUUUGGGACGUACCAACGCACAGUGUUUGAAUGGGGAGCUUGCUGACUGUUUCAAAUCACAAGCACUCAAUACAUUUGCGGAGUUUUUUGCCAAGGAUAACUAUCAGUUAACAACCGCAGCUCGAAUCGUCCGGCUACCGGAAACUCAAGUACGCUCGCUCCAGUAUGAAGGUUUCGAAUAUUCCGAAGAGCCACGUCAGGUGGAUUCGGAAUGGGAGCAGCUGUUCAAGUUUACUCUUCGUCAGCUAGAGCGCUUUGUCAAAUCAACUGCACUGGAGUUUGAAAUUCCGGAGGAUUUCACGGAAGGUGGCCGCUAUUCGGCACGUUUCAUCGAUGAAAUCUCGGAUGAAAUCGAUGUCAUCGAAGACAAGAAGGCCCCUCUAUUCACCCGUCACCGACUGAAGAAAAUUUUCAUCCCACUGCUGAUCAUCCUGAAGAUAUUCAAGCUCAAACUACUGCUGUUCUUACCGGUUAUCCUAGGUUUGGCCAGCUUCAAGAAGCUACUCGGAUUCGCCGCUAUCAUUAUCCCGGGUGUCAUCGGGUAUCUGAAACUUUUCCGCCCAAAUCAGAGCUGCUGUAGUAAUGAUCUGUUUGCCAAUAACUACCAGCCGCAAUACUCCCCGCAGGGACUUGGUUCGGUGAGCUACAAUCCCUUCAAACCCUACCAGAACCAUUACUCGCGGCAACCGGAACCAAACUUUGCUGCCCCCUACGGUAACUAUUACCGAGAUGGAUCGGACCUGAAGGGAGGCAGUGUGAAAUUUGGUGAUGAACAGGCCUACCAAGGAUAUUCCGAGUACCGUAGCAACGAUAAGGAUAUUAAGGCGCAAAACUAAUUUGCAGAUGCAGAUUGCCAGUAGAUUUUAGACAAAAUAACAACAAAUUUUACAAGAAGCUGUAAAAAAAUAGUCUAGUGAGGAUGAAUGAGUGAGAGUGCUGAUCAUGUUGCGAUUGCUUUGAGAUUCUUUUAAAUAUUACCCGAUAGUGUGUUCGUUGCCUUGCAAAUUACCAACCGAACCAGUGAUAAUGUAAAUAUUUAUACUAGAAGAAUAAGUAAAAUUUCGCCCGAAUUCAUUACAAA